CCGGAUAUGAUACGGCAGCAACCAAUGGCGCGCGUCCCGGCGGUCGUCCUGUCGCUGGGGUCGCCCCUGCUGCGCACAGUCUGCACGCCCGUGGCGGCGUCGGAGCUGCACUCGGUGGCGUUUGCGCAAGAGACUGCGCAGCUCACUGCGACGCUCGAGGCUUUUCGAGCCACACACGGCUUUGGCCGGGGCAUAGCGGCGCCCCAGAUUGGCAUCACCAAGCGCUUUCUCGCUCUCAAUCUCGGCGACGGUCCGCGCGUGCUCAUCAACCCGACAAUCACGCGUUGGAGCAAAGAUACCUUUACGAUGUGGGACGAUUGCAUGUGCUUUCCGGACCUCCUCGUCAAAGUCCGUCGUCAUGCUUCGAUCGAAGUGGCGUUCAGCGAUGAAGUGGGCAACGUGCAGGUGUGGCAACACUUGGACCGACCAACGUCAGAGCUCCUGCAGCACGAAAUCGACCAUCUCGACGGCCUUCUCGCUACGGACCGAGCCCUAGGUCAGCCUCACACGAUGGGUGCGAACGAGCUCCUCGCGGCUUUUCCCGACGUCAUCAUCGCCCGGGAUGCGUUCGAAGCCAACAAACCGACCUUCAUGGCCAUGGUCGACUAUACGAUUUAGCUGCGCACUCGUCGCUAGCUGAGCUGUGGCAUGAGCAAGGGAUAUAAAAACACUUUAUAUCCUUGGGCAUGAGUUGCUCGCGGUCAUGUGGAUUCUACUAGUGCACGGAGUUUCGAUUGUCGCGUAGUACUUGAUCGAUCGCACUCGCUUCCUUUCCCAAGCACGCCCACG